GCGUGCUUGAUUUGCUCUGCAGACAAAAUGUCAAGAUGGCGCAGAUAUCAAGGCUGCGUAACUGAAAUUUUUAUAAUUUGAAUCUCCUUUAAUCGCCUUCAUUUCGACCACUUUCUUUAUGGACUGCUUUGAAAUCAAAAGGAAAAACUAUAAAUUGCCGUCCUAAGAUGAAAAUUCUCCCAGUUGAUUUAUUAUUUCGAGGAUGCUAACCAAUAUAAGAUGCCUAGUACCGAAGGCCACCACAAGUCGUCAAAGAAAGCCAAGAAGUCCGGGCACAAGAAGAAGCACAAGAAAUCUGCAAAAUCAUCUAAACAGGACAAACAGAAGAAUCUUAACUCAAGUAGUGGUAUUAAACAGCUACAAGUUUACGAGAGCUUGUCGUCUGGAGAGCUAUCACCGGGAGAAAUAUCAGAAGUUAGCGCCGCGGAAGAGACUGGCCCAGUUGAUAUCGCGAAAAAUAAUUUGGUAGAUAAAAAGGCCAGAAAAAAGGAUAAGGUUAAAAAGCACAAAGAGUUUAAGGAAGAAGCACAAUCGAAGAAAAACAAGGAUCGUAAAAAGGAAGGUAAAGCGGAGAGAAGAAAGAGCCACAAUGUUGCUGGUGACUAUUUCGACAGUCCGCAAUCGCCGAACCACGACGUCCCUCGUGAUUCUAAAAAGUUCAAAACUUCAAGAGAAAAGGAGAAGGGUCACACGAAACCAAAAGUAUAUCAUUCACCUACCGCUGAUUAUGUUGAGCAAAGGUAUGAUGAAGAGUUUAGAGGAGGCUCGCCCUAUAGGGGACGGUCACCAGGUCCUGGAUGGGAUCAUUCACCAUCCCCAGAGAUGUUUCAGAAAGGUAACAGAAAAAGGAAGUAUCCACAAUACCAACAAUAUAAAAGUCCGGACAGUCCCAGGCGGUCACCAUAUAGAGACAGGACUUACCAAAGGUAUAGCAAUGCACAAGGAGCAUGGUCUCCAUAUCGUGAAUACUCCCCUCAUGGAUACAGGAGGUCAUACUCUCCCUAUGGAUACUCACCAACAAAGAAUCGCAGAUCCCCAUCAUAUGAUAAUUACUACCAGUCAAAACGAAGAAACUAUCAUUCACCAUAUCACAAAAGGUCACCAUCACCUCAGAGAGCUUCUCCUAGGUAUUCUCCAUACCGUGGAGGCGUGGAUUACAGGAACCGAAGACGAUCAGUUUCACCAAAGCAUGGAAGUAGUAAACAUGACUCAAACAGGAAUACCUCACUGUCACAUUAUAGUAAAGGGCAAAAACAAAGGAAUGAAAGUUCUUCUCAUAGCAAAAGAAAGCAGUCACCUAUUAAAAAGGCUAAAGAUUCGAAUCAUGAAAAGUCUUAUCAUAAGGAAUCAAAAGACACUAAAACUACAAAGGAGGAUGCACAUGGAAAGAAAUAUGGCGAUAAAAAUAAACAUACAGAAAAGCAUCAACAAUUUCAUGCAGAGAAGGAAGAGUCUAGAACUAAUAAAUCAAAAACUGUUCAGCAAAAACUUGCAGCAUCUCCAGUCACACCUGUGCAAGAUGAGGUAGACAGCUCCAAGGAGAAAAAUGCUGUUCCACCUCCACUACCAAAAUCACCUAAACCACCAUCACCACCCCCUCCACCUGCAGAUGUGCCUCCUCCACCACCACCAGCCCCAGCACCACCCCCAAUGCCUAGUGAACCCCCACCACCAGUCUCUUCAGCACCAUUGCCAUUGCCACCAGUAAUACCUGGAUCAGGUAGCAGCCCAAGUGAAUCAGAAGAGUCGGCUGGUUCACCUAAUUCUAGGACACCAAGCAAGGUAUUGGAAGCAUAUGAUAAAAAUAAUGCAGUUGUAAGCAAGGAAAAUGUAGUAGAUGUCACUACAAAGAAGAAUUUAGAUCAAGUUGUCAUCAAACCACAGUCUGCAACUGAGUGGGGUGAGAGAUGUGUUGAUGUCUUUGAUAUACUCAAACAGACUGGUGAAGGAACAUUUGGUCAAGUGUAUAAAGCAAGAGAUAAGCUUACUGGUGACAUGGUUGCUUUGAAAAAAGUCCGGACAGACAAAGAAAAAGAGGGUUUUCCCAUUACUGCUGUUAGAGAGAUCAAGAUUCUAAGACAGCUAAAUCACUCAAAUAUAGUCAUUCUGAAGGAAGUUGUUACAGAUAAGCCUAAUGCUCUGGACUUUCGUAAAGAUAAGGGUGCAUUCUACCUUGUUUUUGAAUACAUGGAACAUGAUUUGAUGGGCCUACUUGAUUCUGGUCUGGUGGCUUUCACGGAAGAACACAUAAAGUCAAUGUUCAGGCAAAUCAUGGAGGGCUUGAAUUACUGUCAUAAAAAGAAUUUUUUACAUAGAGAUAUCAAGGGCUCAAAUAUCCUUAUGAAUAACAGAGGUGAAGUGAAACUUGGUGACUUUGGUCUUGCAAGGUUAUUUGAAAAAGAAAAUGAAGGUCGACCAUACACAAACCGAGUCAUUACGCUGUGGUACAGGCCUCCUGAGCUGCUUCUAGGAGAGGAGAGAUAUGAUCCUUCAGUGGAUGUCUGGAGCUGCGGAUGUAUCCUUGGGGAGCUUUUUCGACGGAAGCCGUUAUUUCAAGCCAAUCAGGAAAUGCAACAAUUAGAAUUAAUAAGUAAAAUAUGCGGGAGUCCAACUCCAGCAAUCUGGCCAGAUGUUAUACAUCUACCGUUGUUUCAUACUUUUAAACCAAAAAAGCAAUUCAAGAGAAGACUAAGGGAAGAGUAUUAUGAACUGCCGAAGCACGCUCUGGAUUUGCUUGAUCUCAUGCUUGCAAUGGAUCCUUGUAAAAGAAUAAGCGCUGAAGGUGCUUUACAGCAUCCGUUUCUGGCUGACGUUAAACCUGACAAAAUCAACAUUACGGGACUUCCGCAAUUUCAAGAUUGCCAUGAAAUGUGGUGCAAGGAGAGAAAGCGUUUGGCCCGGCAAAGCGAACACAGCCAACGAAGCAACGAGACUGCACAACAACAGGCACCCAACAGUCAGGGGUCCUCGUUACCGCCACCCCCUCCGCUUCCUACAUUUGUUACGUCAGAAAAGGAACGGGGAGUUACCGUGCCCCAAAACAUACCCACUGGCAUGGGAUCUGGUUUUAUGACAGGUUCCUUUAUUGGUUCUACCAAAGCCUCUUUGGGUUACGAACAGGCUUCUGGAGGUAUGCCCCAAACUCAGGACUUAGGGGUCUCCAGUAAUUUCAUGCCACAAGUAAACUUUCAGACCGGGCCAGUAUAUCAGUCAACGGGGGGUUUUAUGUCAGCUGCUCCCUCGUCUUAUUUUGCACCGAGUGAACAAACGGGAAAUAACAGCUAUGGGUCGAAUGUACGAGUAGACGACCCGCCAGCAAACAAUGCUAGUGUAUCUAAGCAUCAUUCGGCUACCAAAUCAAACUCGUCACGAAGGUCAUCGCAAUCACAUUACGAACAAUUAUCGCCAGCUAAUCCCGAAACGGAGCGACGGCAACAGGGGAAAUCGUCGAACUAUAGCUACAAAGCGUUAACGUCGCAAAGUAAACUGUCGGAGAAGGACUCAGCUUACAGGGAUACUGGUAGUUCCAAGCAAUCGCACAAUUUUGCUCAUCAAGUUUCAACGAAGCGAUAGCCUUUGUUUAAAUUCAUUCAACAGAAUUCGAUAGCGUCUCGUUAAAUUUGUUCGCUUCUUAAAAAGUGUAUUUAGUACCUUUUGAAUAUAUCUUAGAUGUCAUAUACUUGAUACAUUCCUUUUGUUGCUCGAUUUCUGUUGUUUCAUUUUCAGAGAUUGGAAACCGAAUUUGAGCUAUCGAAACACCGUUAUAUCAACGGGUACUAUUUUUAUCAUUGAUGAGAAGCUAGAUAAUCUAUUGUUUUCGGGUUGGUUGUAAACAUAGACCUCGUUUGCAUGACCUAAAACGUCAUAAAUUUGUAUGUCAGCGUUCACAUGAAAAUUUGUGUUGUGACGUCAUGGUAAGCCCAGACUAGCCCCCAUAAUGACGACGAUUCCUUUUGAUUGGCAUCAGUAACCAGAAGUCCUUGACAGAGAUGCCGAAAAUGAUCCUACUGGAUCCCAAAGUCCUGGAAAGCGAAGUUUGCUAAACAAAAUUGAGUGUUCACCUGUACGUACCUCAUUUAUCAGAUGAUAAAAGGCCCAUUCUUUGGUCGGCUGCUUGGUUUACUCUUUGUUGCAAGAAACCUCCCUCACAGAUAGUGAACGUGCGACUUUGAUUCUCGUAGAAUUACAAAAGAGCCCAAUAUCUAAACCCUUGUAAUCCACCAAGAGCAAAUUCAACUAACUUUAACUGCAACCCCAAACCCUGAGACAAGUCAUUUGAUGUAAAACAGCCUGUGAAAUCCGUGGUAAUCCAUAAAGACAAGAACUAGGGCAAUCCAUAACCAGGUUAACCUAAUUACCCACGAACCGGGCUCGAAGUUAUUUGUCUCACUAAAGUAGUAAAACCUGGUAUGAUUGAAAACAAAAUCUAUUUAAGAUUUUGUUCCAAAGUUCUAAAGAUGUUCUAUCUGGCAUACCGAAUUAAAAUGCCAGGAACUAGGCAUUUGUUCUAAAAGAGUUCACUUCAAUUCUCACAGCAGUUUGUAACUAGUAGAUUUAGAUUUUAAUAUUAAAUUUAUAUGCGUUGU